AUGGUGUUUCGCUUCUUAGUAGCUCUUGUGCUCAUUGACGUGUCCUGGGGGCAGAAUGAAUAUCCCAGCUAUCCGGACGAGACGUCCGCCAACACCCCGGCCGCCUAUCCCAAUCCCGACUACGGUGCGAACCCACAGCCCAACCCGGCACCGCAGUAUCCAGACUACAGCCAGGUAGAAACGGUGGCAACUACUACUGCGGCUGCUACCACAACGCAACCACCGAGAACGAGGCGCACGAGAAGACCACAGGUGUUCCCACCCACACCGACCCAGUCAUCGCAAACGAGACGGAUAGUGCGUUGGUUGGUGCUGGACGAUCAAGGAUAUCCAAUUCGUACCGCCGUCCGGCGCCGUUUUCGAACAGGAACACUAAGCAACUGGGUACCGCCGUACUAUCGCAGCCUGCUUUCUGGACCACGCUCGACCAGAUCGAACGCGGCCCGGGGACAAUCGCAACGAGUCGCGUACACCUGGUUUUACGCCUGA